GCAAUAAGAAGAACCGAGUCGUACCGCGUGACGAAAACACGACAAUAUGGACAAUCCUUUUUGCGACACUUUUCGUUGAAUCUAAUGCCGACUGUCAAGUCAACUUCAAACGCCACAAUACUACUCAAACCUCAUUCAUCAACCUCUCAAAUCAAAACCAAAAAUAACAAUUUCAAUUCAUCCUUCAUCCUCUAAUGGGGCAGGGAAAUUCAAAAUCAAGCUCAUCAUCGGAUGACUCUACAAACGGCGAUGGUUCCAAUUCGAAAUCAUGCACAUCGCGUCGCCAGAGAAUCAAGAAGAAGCUUAGUCUUCAUCGUCAUCUUCAUCGUCGUGGUGAUCGGAAGAAAAACGGUUAUGGUUCUCAGCAUCCGAAACUGAGCAGCUUAGAGGAUUUUGCAGGAAUCGCUUUGGUCACUAUUGUUUCGGCGGAGAUGAGAUUCAAGGAUAAGUGGCUCGCGUGUAUUUCCAUUGGAGAACAGACGUUUCGCACUGAAAUUUCUCAACAGACCAUGAGCCCUCAAUGGAACUCGGAAAAGAAGUUUCUUUUGGAAAGAAAUGGGCCACAUGUUGCAAAAGUAACUGUUUUUGAGACCAAUAGACUGUCAAAGAACCAUCUAAUUGGGUAUUGUGAGGUAGAUCUGUUUGAUUUUCUUAGCCAGGAUUCAGAUUCUGGCAUUGAAGUUAAGUUAUUGGAUCCAUCACCACCCAAUGGUGAAGUUGGCAACAUAUAUCUUUCAUGUUCUAUCGAGGACCCUACUGAAACAGAGAAAAGCUUUGCAAGGCGCAUUUUGUCGAUUGUUGAUUAUAAUGGUGAUGGACAAUUAUCCUUUAAUGAGUUCUCGGAAUUAAUCAAUGUUUUUGGCAAUCAACACGCAGAAAAAAAGAAAGUGGAGCUCUUUAACGCGGCUGAUGAAAAUGGAGAUGGUGUUGUGAGCAUCGAUGAACUGGCUACACUUUUAGCUGUGCAACAAGAAAAGGAGCCACUCAUUAAUAACUGUCCUGUUUGUGGGGAGUUUCUAGAAGUUUCCGAUAAGUUGAACUCGAUGAUUCAUAUGUCACUGUGUUUUGAUGAAGGCACUGGGAACCAGAUUAUGACCGGAGGCUUCUUAACUGAUAAACAAGCUUCAUACGGGUGGAUGUUUAAACUCUCCGAAUGGGCUCAUGUCUCAUCCUAUGAUGCCGGCUUGAACUCUGGUUCAAACGCUUCACAUAUUGUGGUGUUUGAUAGGAAGAAAAAGAGGCUUGUGGAGGAAAUAAUUGAUGGAAAGAUAGUAUUAUCGAUGAGAGCUAUAUAUCAAUCUAAAGUAGGGCUUGGGAUUAUGGACAAAGGGGCGAAAGAAUUAUUGCAAAGCAUAUCAGAAAGGCAGGGCAAGAAAAUGAAUUCACCCGAAUCUGCAAAAGAUAUACCAGCAUUCCUAAAAUUUUUCAAGGAUCAAAUCAAUAUGGAUGAAGUUAAAUACCCUUUGCAUCAUUUUAAGACUUUCAAUGAAUUCUUUAUAAGAGAGUUGAAACCGGGAGCCAGACCAGUUGCCUAUGCUGGACGCGAUGAUGUUGCUGUUUGUGCGGCUGAUUGUCGGUUAAUGGCGUUUAAUACAGUCGAAGAAAGUCAAAGAUUUUGGAUCAAGGGUAAGAAGUUUUCGCUAAGUGGUCUUCUCGGUAAUACACACGGCUCAGAUACUUUCAACGGUGGAACGCUCGUGAUAUUUCGUUUGGCGCCACAGGAUUAUCAUCGUUUCCAUUUCCCGGUUUCUGGGAAGAUCGAGCAUAUUGUUAACAUACCUGGAUGCUUAUAUACGGUCAACCCGAUAGCUGUAAACAGCAAGUAUUGUAACGUGUUCACGGAGAACAAGCGUGCUGUAUCUAUUAUAUCAACCGCAGAUUUCGGGAAGGUGGCGUUUGUGGCAAUUGGAGCAACCAUGGUUGGUAGCAUUGAAUUCACGAAGAAGAAGGGAGAUUAUGUCCAAAAAGGAGAUGAGUUUGGGUAUUUCUCGUUUGGUGGAAGUACAGUCAUAUGUGUGUUUGAAAAGAAUUCAAUCGCGAUAGACGAGGACCUUUUGGCUUACAGCGCAAGAUCAAUCGAAACCUUAGUUUCCGUUGGAAUGCAGUUGGGCGUGUCAGUUAGAAAACGAACGGAACUUCCAUUACCAGACAUUAAUAACAUAAGGAUGUUUUAGUUUACUUUACAUGAUGGAAAUAAAACUGAUGUAUGGUUUUGUUUUUCGACUUAGCUUACUUGUAGAAAUACCAAACUAGCUCUGAUUCUUCAACUUUCUUUUUUUGAUCCA